AGAGCAUUCAAGAAACUGGUUCAAAGACCUUUGUGAAGCUUAUUGUAUUUAUAUACGUGGAAAAUCGAAUCUGACAGUGCUUCAUAAGAGAGUAUUCAAGAAACUGGUUCAAAGACCUUUGUGAAGCUUAUAUUUAUAUACGUGGAAAAUCGAAUCUGACAGUGCUUCAUAAGAGAGUAUUCAAGAAACUGGUUCAAAGACCUUUGUGAAGCUUAUUGUAUUUAUAUACGUGGAAAAUCGAAUCUGACAGUGUAUAUAGAUAUGAGCACACAAACUCGAACCAGCGGCGGAGGUCGCAAUCAAAAGAAGUCAAAUACCGUCACUGGUGGUGGCGGCGGCGGCGGAAGUGAUCCCACUGGUCAAACAGUAACCAAAAAGACAGAUGUUGUUAAAACAGAAAAAGAAAAGGGCCACAUUAAGCCAACUGCUGAACAAUUAAGGAUUGCCCAGAUAACAAACAGCAAUACAAAUGAGGACCCGCAGAUGCGUGAAAAAGUUGCUACGUUGAUAGAGAUGACGCAACGGUCCGAGGAAGAAGUAUGCUGUGCUUUGUAUGAAUGCGAUAACAAUUUAGAAAAGGCAGUUGUGUUCUUGUUGGAAACCUUACCAGUGGGCGCAUUUGAAACUUCAUCAAAGAAGAAAAAAAAUAAGGCUGCAAAUGCUGCGCAGGAAGGUGAAGGUGAAUGGAAUGACUCAAAUGCUAACACGGAUAAACGUGAAAAAUCGCGUAACCGUUCUAGUAAUCGUGGUGGUCGCGGUGGUACUGACAGUCGUGGAUGGCGUGGUAGAGAGUCUCGUGAAAAUGAUCGCAAUUUACGAGAAUCUCGUGGUGACAGAGACCGGGGUGGUGAUCGUGGUGACGACAAUUAUCGUCGUGGUGGUGGCCGAAGUGGCGGUGGCCGAGGUGGUAGCUAUAUGGGACGUGGUGGUAGAGGUGGUAGUCGCAUGGGUGGACUUGGUAGAGGACCACGAAAUGAUCGUGGUAGUCAUAGUUACGGAUCUCGCCAAAAUACCAAUGAAGAUCAUCAAGAGGUUGAACUGUGGGAUAAUACCAUAGCCCAAAAUGCUGAAAAGCAACAACAGUCGCAAGAUGAUGCAUGGGGGGAUUGGGACAAUGAGGAGUAUAUGGGUUCUUUGAAAGAAAGUCAAGUAUUUACACCAAGUAAUUUGUCAAAUCAGACAACGGCGAAUGUUGUUAGUGGCAAUACUGGUGGUACUUCUGAACUAUCAGCGCCACCUGGUCUAGAGCAUCAUUUAGGUACAUCAGUGCUUGGUGGUGCUUCUUCACAGCAACAAGGAUCUCAUUUAAAUGCUCUAGUAGGCAGCGCAGUAAACGCUGGUAGCAAUCUUGUGGAAGAUGCAUCAUCUGUGACUGGUGUUCAAAAUUCGGUAUCCUCUGUUACUUCACCAUUGAUGCAGUAUAGUGCUGCUGUUAACAAUACCGCACUACAACAGCAAUCAGUGUCGGGAACUGCAAAUAGUGCGCUGACGGGAGCAUCUCUCAAUGCUUCACAAUAUAAUAGUGCAGUGGACAGUUUUACCAAUGCUUCCGCUGCUGCAGCAAAUUUAGUACAACAAGUUCAGCAACACCAUCAGCAACCACAGAUAAAACCUUCCGGUACCCUAUCUGCGGAACAAUCUCAGUAUUUCAAUUCACUUACGUCGCAGAGUGCAGCUGCAGCCAAUGUACAACAACAGCAAAUGGUGUCAUACGCACAAAACAGCGGAGUACAAUAUCCAACAUCAUAUGCAAACGUUUUUGGUAAUUCUGCUACAUCAAAUGUAGGUGGAAGUGUGACUGUUGAUCAAACGCAAUUGUCAAAUGCACAGCAGCCACAAGUUAGAAGGACGCGACCAAAAUUACCACCACCGUCAAAGAUACCAUCGACUGCUGUUGAAAUGCCAGGUGAUACUCUAAAUAAUAUUGGUUAUCUCGAUGUGCAAUUUGGAGGUUUAGAUUUUGGCAAUGAAGAUUCUUUCGAUACUCUUUCGGAGAAGUUUAACAAUUCUGUGACGAUUGAUGCACAACAACAGCAAUUAGUGCAAUCACAACAGGAUGUUACGAAUGAUUACCAAGGGAAAACGAAUGUGCAACCAUCUACACUUACUACUGGACUGCAAAAUUCCCAAAUUGGAGACUCUUUAUCCACCAGUUACGUUCAACGAAGUUCUAAUCAACAGCAACAAGUUUCCUCAAAUGUCAAUAAUGUUGCAUCUGUUAGUGGAAAUAAUAAUGCAUUGGAUCAGUUAGCUAAAAAUGACCCAUACAAUCAAUCCAACUCAACAAAUGCAACUGGAUAUCAAAGCAGUUAUCAAACUAAUCCCACUGGUAAUAAAUCGAAUAAUGCUUAUCAACAAAAUGCACCACAGGGCUAUACUAACUCAAGUUAUGUUAACGUUCAGUCAUCAGCAGCAAAUACGUAUCAACCGCAAUACGGUUCCUAUCAACAGAAUUCAGUAAAUACGUAUCAGCAGUCACAACAGACCGGCGCUGCCCCAAGCACUACGAAUGCAGUUGUUAGUAAUAAUGUCAGUGGUAGUGGUAGUUCAUCACAAAACAUUCCUGUUGGUGGCAAUGGUACAAAUAGCUCAACCGGAAACACUAAUGCUGCAUAUUUAUCGACGGGUUAUCCAUCACAGCAAAAUUCAUAUCAGACCAGUCAGAAUGUUUAUGGUAAUACUGGCCUGACAAGUAAUACAGGGUUUGCUGGUAGCACAAGCACAUCAUCGUCUCAAUACAGUAACUUUAGUACUAGUGCUAAGUUAAAGGACACUACAUCUGCAUCUAACACCACGCAUUUUGACAGUGCUUCGUCAAACAGUGCUAGCAAUAGCAAUACUUCAGUGAGUUCGGUAUCCAGCGCGGUUAAUGCAGCAGCCACUGCUGCAAAUAGCAUCAGUUCAACAUCGCUUGGAGGAUUAUCGAACUCGAAAGUAUCAAAUUCUGCCUCUUCUAAUAGUGUCAAUGCGAAUAGUGCAAAUUCUGUUGGUAAUAAUAAUACCAGUGCAACUAACAGUGCGAACAGCGUUAGUAGUGUUAAUAAUAACAAUGUAUCCUCAGUCGUAGCAGCCACUGCAUCCGCUUCUACUGUUUCGUCAGGCAAUAAGAACAGCGCAGCUAAUAAUGCUGGUAUGGUGUCUAAUAUUCAAAUGGUUAGUCAAUAUAUUCAGACUGGAUUGCCAUAUUAUCAGCAACCAGUAUAUUCAUACGAGGAUAUACAAAUGAUGCAACAGAGAGUGCCACAUGUGGUGAGUUGAUGGCGAUGUACAACACAAUACCAAAAAAAAAUUACAUACAAUAACAACAUAUGCCAUGCAAUUCACUUAAUCCCACUCAAAAUUCAAACGCAUUCUGCAUGAUUUUGCAAACAUAUAAACUCCAAA